GUCUGGGGCCCGGUGCGCGCGAACGGCGGGCUCGGCGCUGCGUGGGACCCGGCGCCGGCUAUGGCGGUGUUCGUGGAGGUGCGGAGACGGCUGCAGAGCGCGCUGCUCAUCCUGGGCUCUCUCUUGUUGUCUCCUGGCCGUCACAAGAUGAGCUGCUUUGCUCUGCCACACGAUCCCUGCCAUUGAGUUCAGCCUCACCUUAGGCCUAAAGCACCAGGCCCAAGGGUCCCUUGGAUGGAAGCCUCUAAACCUCGAGCCAGAAGAAGGAAGCAUGCCCAUGGAUAUUUCCAUAACGCCCACCUUGCUGGGAGUGAGAACCCCCAAGGGCUGCAGGGAGAUCCAGCUGCCAGCAGAGGUCAGGCUUGUCCCGUCCUCCUGCCGCGGACUGCAGUAUGUCGCCAGAGAUGGCCUCCACCUGCGGCUGCAGGCGCGGGCAGAACCCAGCCCUCCCAAACUGACGCCGGUGUUUAACCAGUGCUCCCAAGCUGAGGAAUGUUAUACAUUUUAUUGCCAAUCCUGUGGUGAAGUUGUGAUAAGGGACAGGAAGCUCCUCAGGGCGCUCCCUCUGCCGAGUGAGAACUGGGGCUCCCUGGUCGGAGAGUGGUGCUGUCAUCCGGACCCCUUUGCCAACAAGCCCCUUCAUCCGCGAGAAAAUGACUACUUUACUGGGGACUCUUUCUUCCUGGUGAAUUUACAAAGCCAUUUGGGGCAGGAACCAAAAGCAAAUACCAAAGUAAUCUGUAAGCGUUGCAAAGUAAUGUUGGGAGAGAGCAUAUCAUCAGAAACGACUAAGUUUUAUAUGACAGAAAUAAUUAUUCAGCCAUCUGAAAGAAGUUUCCCCAUCAUACCAAGGUCCCAGUUUGUCCAGAGUGUUACUGCCCAGUGUCUGGCGGAACUGUCCUCUGCUAGAAGCACUUUCAGAUUCACCAUUCAAGGUCAGGACGGUAAAGUGUACAUCUUGCUCUGGAUUUUAAACUCAGACAGUUUCGUGAUUGAAUCUCUAAGAAGUUCCAAAUGCGUUACCAAGUUCCCCCUGUUGGAGGACACAGGGGGAGCCGACUCCAGCUCUGGCACGAGUGCCGUCAAAGUUCUCUACCUGCCCUGCAUCCAGAGCAGGAAUGAAGAGCUUGCUAGCUUGUGGGAAAGAGACAUCAGCGUCCACAGUUUCACCUUGCCCUCUGCCACUUGCCUGGAGCUGCUACUGAUCCUCUCGAGGAGCAAUGCCUCUCUGCCCCUGUCCCUGCGCCACAUGAACUCCUUUCAGGUGGCCUUUUUGAAGAUGUAACUGUGGGAGCCGAGGCCUGUGCAUCCCCCAGCAGACAGCUCUCCGGCAUGGAGCAAGGUGGAGGGUAGCCUUCAGCACAGAGGGCAUCACCAGCCAAGACAAAAGCCAGAGCCGCCCUGCGGGGUGAAGUACUGAAGCUUUGAGAGUACUUGUUUGCAUAUAUUCCUUCAGAGAAGAGUUGACCUUAGGUCUCUGAAAGCCCAAGGCUGUGAGGAAAGUUGCAGUAGGUUGUCCUCCGCAGGAUAAGUAUAGAGGUUUGCGUCUCGACUUCCCACAGAGAAGAAUAUUCAAAUCUAUGCUGUGUCAGCACCACCUGGAAGGGUAUUUGCUAAUGGAAACCCAUCUGUCCUGUGUGGAACUUCAUUGAGGAACUGAGUGCUAAGUGCUUUAAAAUCUAGGACAUAAACUUUUUUAAGAGUCUCGGGUUUGUUCCAAACAAAUUUAACAGAUAAAAGUAAAGAAGUGUUUGUGUCUUACUUAGAGGAGAUGCUCUGUGGAUUUGCUGAGUGAGUGAUUAUCCCAUUAAAGGUUUCUCGAGGCCGCAAA